AAUUCCGUCCUCCACUACGGACAAGCGACAUAAUUUGCAUUUUUCGUCUGCUCCAAAGGUUAGGACGAAACAAACGGUCCGGAUCACCACUUUUCGACAAAGACCUCCCAGCUUUACUACCUUGUUAUUUGGCGGAUAUUUUCAAUACAUUUUCUGUAUUCUUAGAUUCAUUCUGCGUCGCGUAUAGCCGAAAACUCCCUUUUUCCUUUUGAGCAAAAUCUUGUAUUAAUAAUACAUACGAUGUGUCAUUUUAUUCAGAACCUGUCUAUGUUGUCUUGGGUGUUGGAAUCAUUGGACUGGUACUGAUAUCAAUCAUAUGUGCUCUGAUGUGCACGAACUGUAGGGAAAAGGAGUGCCCUCCUGCAAAGACAAUCAAGCAAAACCAAGUUGAGUUGGAAGAACAGAAUCACCAUCCCGACAAGAAUGGCUGGGGAGACCGAGAUGGUUCUGCUUACAGGAGCUUGACAAUAGUGCACGAACGAAAGGUAGGAUCAACAACUCUGAACGAGGAACAGACCGCGGAAAUCCAAGUAGAGGAGAAUCAAGUGGUUAAGGCAGAGUCACAGCCAUCGGGUCGUCCGUUUGAGGAUGCGCCGAAAAUGACAUCGGACGACGCAACGGACAGGAGCGAUGGGACCGCUAAGCGUGGCCUAGUCCUCAAAGACUUACUUGCCAAGAAGAGAGAGGCACAGGCUCACAAAAGGCAGCUUGAAUUGGCUCGAAGACAUCAGCAUUCGACGAGUGACGGUUAUGUGUCGAUGCAGCCAUCCAUCCAGGUAACUGCUCACGUAGUGAGUCGGGAAAGAGGAAACCCAGCAGAUUACGACGGUUCUUAUGCUUACGUUGAUAUGAAGCCUAUACGGGAUGACAGCCAGCAACGUCUUGGCACUCAGAACGAGUUUACAGCAAAACGUCUUUAUCCAGUGCUGGAGACGAGCCAGCCACAUCACAGUGAUACAGGUUCUGUUGAAGAGCUGAAAGAGGAAACUCUUGUUCAUAAUUACUUAUGUGGUCAGGGACAGGGUCAACUGCCCGCCACAGGAACAGAUAACGACACCUAUGUUUACGCCACAGCGACCUGCCUGGCCAAGGAUCAAGGCCAUCUUGGAGAAACAAGUUCGCGUGUUCUUAUGGACUAUGACCGCCCUAAGAUGCCUCCCCGUUCCAUACUCCCCAGUCACAAUUUUAUCAGCAUCGAUAAUGGCAAAAAGAACAAGGAUGAAGGAAAACUGGAUGAGGAUAUGAGAGAUACAAAAGAAGUAGACAAAGCCGUUCCAGAUAUCAUGAACAAUGGAGGGAAAUUUGACUAUUACUGAACUUCAUUUGGUAUUAGGUUUAGAGCUUAAAGGGCCCGGGAGCCCGCUCAGUUAUAACUUAUUGACCUUUUUCAUGUCUUUGAGGUCUACUUCAGGCCUUCCGUACAUGGUGUAUUAUGUUUUUUUUUACGAUGGCUCUUGCGAUUUCUUUCGAUGACCACUGGCUUACAGAUUGAAAUGAGGCGGGGGGGGGGGGGGGGGGCUCAUCUCCACG